GAAAAAAUAAUUGGCCCCAAAACGUUUAUUAGGUUACAGUAAAAAGUAAAGAACUCUUGUUUUGCUCCCAAAGAUUUGGCCCAAACAGGAAAGGCGCACCCAGAGGUAACUUUGUAUCACUGCAGACAAUUUGUGUACAAUAAUCUGUGUAAUCUCUUGUAAUUACAAAGAUUUGCUUGGGUAAUAAAAAGAAUCCUCCUCAGUUAGACCCCCUGCCUCCAACUCUCUUGUAUGUCGCUUCUUAACGCGAGGUUAAAUAUGCAGAGCAUUUAAAUGACACAACAUCAACUAAUCAACAUUAAUUGACAAUUGUGAAAGAAGUCCACAAUUCUUUUUAGGAAGAUUUGUAACCCGUGUUGAUUAAUGGUUUAAAACGGCUUAAUCAACAAAUACACAACUUAACAAACACAUUUACUGGUUUACUUGAUUCACGCAUGUCUCCGAUUGACGUCACAAGCUAUACCGAUUUAACUGCUUCUUUUUGAGUCCCAACAACACCAAGGACUAAUCUUUGACAGAACAUUUCAAAAGGCCGGCACAUCGAUUGAAGACAAAGAAUCAUGAACCAGGACAUUUUAUGAACUGGGAUCGGACAUCUGAAUCUACAUUCAACCAUCAGAUUCCAAGAUUUACAACAAUGGAGGAUAAGAAGUCAAGCCGUAGUGAUCAAGACCAGUUGGGACUUCAGUUCACUAUUGACUACCUGUUGUACAAUAAGGGAAGCAACACUGACCGAGUGAAUCCAGAGGACCGUUCCCUUCCGUCUGAAGGUCUUCAAGCCACAGUCAACGAACAAAGUGAAGAAACUCACUCAAAACAGGAUAGUGGAAAAUCUAAGGACCAGGAAAAUGAAGACAAUGGAAGUGAAGAGGAACAAGAAAAGCAGAAUGUGAAGAUUGAAGGGACAGAGGAGAAACCAACCCAGUCCUACAUUGCUCUCAUUUCAAUGGCCAUCCUGGAUUCAGAAGAGAAGAAGCUGCUGCUUUGUGAUAUUUACCAGUGGAUCAUGGAUCGCUAUCCUUACUUCAAAAGCAAGGAAAAGAACUGGAGAAACAGUGUCAGACACAAUCUUUCUUUGAACGAGUGCUUCAUCAAAGCGGGUCGCAGUGACAAUGGUAAGGGCCAUUUCUGGGCUAUUCAUCCGGCCAACUUUCAAGAUUUCUCCAAUGGUGACUACCACCGACGGCGGGCCCGGAGGAGGAUCCGCAAGGUAACAGGACAGCUUCCCUUCGCACUGCCUGCACAUUACCAGACCCUCAGCCGCCUAAAACGGACGCCUUGCUGGUGCUGUCCACCGACCCGUCCAUUUAUGUGUGUCACACCCAGAGUUUACAUGAGCUGGGCUGCACUUCAGACACCCACAACAUCCCUUCAUACACUGAUUUGAUUGAUUGUAUUCUAGAUUCACUCCAGAUCAUAAUUUUGGCCCCUGAAAGUUCUUGUAUUACUGAAUUUUGUAAGUCAUCUUGUAUACUGUACAAAUCUGUCGUCAA